AUGGCUACCAAGGCUGUCAAUCUUCCCAACCCGCCUGCCGCUGCGGCGGGGGCAGGUGACAAGGUGAACCCGCGGCGUAUGCGCCGCAUCAUUGUUGAAGACCCCACCUGGAACAAAUCCCUUGUCCCCAGUCUGCGCGAUCUGUGCCUUGGCCAGAUCUUGGCCGACUUUCAAGAAAACCCCAUUCUGGACGCCGUGCCAGCCGAGUUUCGCGACCGCAUCCUGACGGCCCUACCCAGCGACUUGCCCCUCAGCUUGACUGCGCACUUGAUUGGUGACGAAGCCUAUUGGCGCCGCUGCUGCAUGGCCCGCUUUCCCAAUAGCAACAUUCACCGCCAUGGCGGCAGCUGGAAGCGCCUGUUCAUGGAGCGCUACCUCCAAGAGGCCCUUGAGCGAUUCGUGCCGGGCACAGACGAUGAAGAGGCCUUGAAGCGAAGCAUCGCCUUUGCUCAACCGUUGGUACAAGUGUUGGAUCUGACAGAGUUACAGCCCCCGGCCGACGUGUUGCCACCUGAGAAUGAACUGGAGCCUCUAGCCGAGCCUCUGCCGGAGGGGGCCAAGCUUGACACCGACCCUGCCAACCCUGACACAGAUGACGAAGAGAACGAGGAAGAUGAAGACGUGAAAAAAGAUUGCGGCAUGGCGUUUCGCUGGAACAUGUUUGGUGCCACCAAUGCCGAUGCUCUCUUGGUUGGCGACUGUGUCAAGUAUUCGCCUCAGCUGCAGUAUUUGUCCGUCACAGAAAGUUUGCUGGACGAUCGCAAGGUGCGCCUUCUAGCAGCCAAGCUGUUGGACAACAAGUCCCUCGUAUCACUGGACCUUUCCAUGAAUGCCUUUGGCGACCGUGGUGCGCGUGCGUUAGCCAAGCUUCUGAAUGGUCACUGUCAACUGGCUGGCCUGAACCUUGCGGAGAACCAGAUUGCGCCAGUUGGGGCGCGAGCGUUGGCCAUGGGUUUGAUGGGCAAUGGAUUUUUGACGACGCUCAACCUCCGACGCAACGACAUUGGCGACCAAGGGGCCCACGCCCUAUUCACCGCUCUGUGCGAGCAAACAACGCUUCGGCGACUCAAUGUCAGCUGCAACGGCAUCACGGCUCGCGCCUCAUCUUCUCUGAGCGAGCUCAUUGAGAAGAACAAGUCGCUGGAACAGCUCGAUCUGAGCGGUAACGAACUGGGUGACGAGACGGGCAAGCGUCUGCUGGACGCUUUGGAUCACAAUUCGUCGCUCAUGGUCAUGGAUACACGUCUGACCGGCUUUUCAAACCAUGGCCUAUUUCGGCUCACACCGCUUGAUUCACCAUGUGCGCAGGAGACCGAGCUCGCCAUCAAUGACGUCUUGGGCUCCAACAUGAACAAACAAACGAUUUCAUAG